ACUACACAACUUUGAAGAACCGACUGCUCCGGUAACGAUAAAUCGACGACUCGACUUCUAGAAAUACGACGCGACGAAUUAUUACGACCGAUAGUUACUGUUGUUGAAGUCAUGCGACCGAUGCACAUGUCUCGAUGAGCUUGUCUUCCUCGGAAAGACAUGGGGCUGCCAACAUGGACGAUGAUCAACUAGAUCUAUCUCCAAAUGGAGAAAAUGGGGACGCGGCUUCAAGCGACGAAGAAACAAUUAAGGGAGAGCAGGGAAAUGAAGAUAUAGCUGAUGUCGAGGAAGACCAAGAGAGCAUCAUAUCGACUCAGCCUACAGGAAAUGGAGCUAUCGCAAAUCGAUACCGCCAACUGCUGUUAGAUCGCGAUGAUGCGUCGGAAGCAGGAUCAGCUGAGGGGAUACCCCGAAGAGUCGGAAGCCCAAUAGACUCCCUACUCUCUGUACCGGAUGAUUCUCCUUCGCUUCAGGGUUCUAUGAUAUCUUCUCCUGGAAGUAGUAGGGUCCCAUCUCUAGCCUCGCGCCCUGGACUAAGUAGUCCGACACCUUCAUUUAGGCCCUUCGACCGACGGUUCCAAUCGCGUAUAUCCUCGCCAUCAUCCGCGCUCUCUCCACGACCAGGCUCACCUGCAUUUCUUGCCGGGCAUAGCAGACAAGCGUCCCUAACCAGUCAAUUUUUCUUAGAAGUGGGAGAUGCCGAAACUCCUACCCCUCCAUGGGAAGUUGUACGAUGGACGAAAUUAAGAAAAUUAAAUGGACAGGCUUUCUCUGAAUCUGGAAAGCGUAGCUUGGGUUCUCCUACAUGCAUAGCUGUGUCCGCCUCGAUCGUGUUGGGAACCACCAAAGGCAUAAUACUAAUGUUUGAUUAUAACCAAAAUUUGAAAAUGAUUAUUGGACCAGGCACUAAAGCCGUUGAAUCCGGCCCGAUUACCGCAAUUGCUGUAUCCGCCGACUAUACAACGAUAGCUGGUGGUCAUGCAAGCGGAAACAUAUUCACAUGGGAUACCAGCAGGGCUUCCAGGCCAUUCCUACACAUACCGCCUCUUGAUGACUCUCAGUUGCAACAUCGGACAAUGGAUGGUCACAUGCCACAUGUAUCUAUAACACAUCUAGGCUUUCUAGGUACCAGACAUACCGCCCUAGUCUCUGCUGACGACCGCGGCAUGGCGUUUUCUCAUCUUGCGACUCGGGGUACUGGCGCCCUUGGACGAACGGUCAAGACGGUAAGGAUAUUGGGCCGAUAUCCCGAUGCGCCACCUCCUGCAUCAGGCAAGCCUCUUAAGCCCAGUACCGUACUAGGCUUUUCUUCAUUACCGCUUGGAAAUGUGGAACGAGCAACAGAUACGAUGGGACUUACUGCAAUGCUCACUCCCUAUCUGCUUGUUAUUGUUUCCACUACGCCAAUUGCGCAAACUCAGCACAAAUCAGCCCGACCAAAAGAUGUAGCGCCACACAGUGCCAUGACCGGUUGUUUGGCCUGGUUUCCCGCAGUCAAAUUAAAAGUACCAGACCCCAGCACCGGUAGCACAAUGUCUAAAGUGAAACUAGUAUAUUGUUGGUCCAAUGUGCUCACUGUACUGGAUGUGGAUGAAGAGCCAUCAGAUGAUAAGGACAAGCCACCACUUCUCAAGUUCAAAGCACGUUCUAGGUGGAAGUGCGAGGAAGCAAUCGUGGCCGUCCAAUGGCUCAGUCGUUCCGUCUUAACUGUUCUGACGAUUACGCAGAGGCUCAUCGUCCUUGAAGAUCGGUCGAUGAGGAUGACAGAAGCUUUUGAUCUUAUCCACAAGUACAUCUAUCAUGCUGAUCUUUUCUCCACCCAGCUACACAAUCUAGUCGAGCAGCUUGACGAAGAUGAUACCACUAUGCAUGGAGUUGUCGCGGAUGCUUUCUACAUGAGUCUCAAAGCAUAUAAAGGGCGUAUAUUCCUGUUAGGUUUCAAUGACGUAUCAAUCGGCGCGUUAUCCAACUGGGCGGAUCGACUAAUAGCUUUGAUGGAGAAUGGCGAUUAUAUCGGAGCAAUCCAGCUAGCAACCUCGUACUAUACGGGGGAUGCCAACAAAUUGACGGUCGGUCUUCCUGAAGAUGCUACUUUAAGACACCGAAUGGUACGUGACAAGGUCAUGGAGAUAAUGAGCGCGUCUCUUAAAUAUGUAUUUGGACAACGACAAAAGAAUAAAUCCUCGGUGGAUGAUCAGCAGCUACGGCAUCUUACUGAAACCUGCUUCAUUGCUUGUCAAAGCGUGGGGGAUCUCGACUUCCUCUUUGAUGAGAUGUACGAAUGGUACGAAGAUGGCGACGCCGAGGGCAUAUUUCUAGAAGUUUUGGAGCCGUACAUUCUCGAAAAGACGAUAUCAAUCGCGCCACCAACUGCUGUUAAAGCGAUGGUCACUCACUUCGUCAGCCAGGGUUGGGAAAGCCGACUAGAAGAAGUGAUCUGUCACAUGGAAACGGCCACCCUCGAUAUCGACCAGAUCACUUCACUUUGUAAGAAGCAUGGUCUCUACGAUGCUCUUAUAUACGUCUGGAACCAAGCGCUGUUUGAUUACAUCACACCCCUUAUCGACCUACUUACUCUUUUAAUACCCCUGAUGCAGAAUGCUCCCGGGAAUCUCAUGGAGCACGAGCAUCACGGGGUUAACGCCGUUAAAAUGUUCCCAUAUCUUUCAUACACUUUGACUGGGAGAAUAUAUCCGACGGGCGAGAGGAUGCAGGAUGCAGUGGCUUCACAGGCCAAGGCCGAGCUAUAUUGGUUUCUCUUUUCCGGCAAGAGUAUAGUGUGGCCGAAAGGCAGCGGGAAAAUAUUUCGCACUCAGCCAGCGCAGACAGAUGAGCCAUCUUUCCCAUAUCUCAGGAUGAUUCUACAGUACGAUGCCCCGAGCUUCUUAAGCGCACUAAACGAAGCAUUCGAAGAUCCAUUCUUAAACGAAUCCCAAGAGAAGCAACUCAAUGGUGGGACCGGAAAAGACUUACCAGAGGAACAAAUAUUUGGUUUAACAGUUGAUCGUCAAUAUGUCGUGUCCAUCCUACUUGAGAUCAUGAAUCCAAACGACUUUGAUCCUGUAGAUACUAUCUACCUGGACAUGUUUAUUGCCCGGAAUCUACCCAAAUUCCCCCAAUAUCUUCUCAUCCCCGGAUCCACCCUUGAUAAGGUCUUAGCUGGGUUAUGCCACUAUCCCGGAUUAGAUCUGGCUGAGGAUGCCCAGCUAAGCGCAGAAUAUCUACUCUCCUCGUACCAACCACCAGACAUAUCAACAAUGAUCCCCCUAUUUCAGAAAGCGUGUUUCUACCGUAUUCUAAAACGGAUAUAUAGGAACGAUAAGCAAUAUGCGAAGUUGUUGCAGACCUACUUCGAGGAUCCGGAAGACCAAAUAGAAGUUUUCGAGUGUAUUGCGGAGUGCUUGCAAUCCCAUCCUAGCCUUCCAAAGAGGUAUAUCCAAGAGGUACAAGAUGUUAUCAAACAGCAUUCGCGGGAACUAGUUGAGCUCGAUCCAAUCCGAGCUGCUCAAACACUGGCUGUAUACGCGCCAGGUUUACACAGGUUUGUCCUGGACUCACUUGAACAAGGCUCGGAAUCGCAAUACGAUUACCUUAAGGCUCUCCUUGAGCCUGACUAUGAAACUUCAGAGCAGCCUACUGCAACGUUGGAUAGGGAUUUCAUUGAGCAAUACGUACAACUCAUGUGCAGAUAUAACUCCCAUCAUGUGUCUGAUUAUGUUGGUAUCGUGCAAGCCACGAACCUCAGGCUUGACAAGUUAUUACCAACCAUGGAAGACACCGGGGUAAUCGACGCCGUAGUUAUUCUUAUGGCUCGAGAGGGACAAGUACAAGACGCUAUGGGUCGUUUGACGAAACAUUUAGAAACAUUAGAGUCGGCUCUUCAAGGUUUAGUAGCGAAUGCGGAUGACCACGCGGAUGAUAUUGACGUCAAAGAAGCCGCCGAGGAAUUACUCAGAGGAUUACAGAAAUACACACACGUCGGCAUAUGGCUGUGUCAAGGGCAGAUGAAGACAUCCAAGAAGCUCAAUGCAAUUGGCCGACGAGGAUCGCCAUCGCCCAGCGAUCUUUUACCUGAUGAAAUGUUGUGGCUUGAUUUGAUCGACACCACUGUGCAGAUUACGAGGCGCCUAUCAUCUGUUGUUUCUCCAUCCAAGCCAAUCAAAGUUUCUAGCACAGCUUCACCACUACCAGUUCUUGAUAGCGACAAGCUGGUGGCGCUCCUGCGCUCACUUGUACAACACACAUUCACGGCGCUUAUGACAGCAACAUCUACCGAAAGCGCGGGUCUCUCCAGCAACCGCCUCGUUGCAAAAUCUGGAGGCAGCCUCACAUUUCUUCGAAUUCUUCGAGCGUUUCUCACUCGGGCAGCCCGCAGCUCUCCUAACCUUGCAGACUUACGAGCUGUGUUAACAUCAAUAUUCUCAGCCUAUGCAUACGAAGAAUCAAUACUAGGACUCUCUAAUCGACUCCUAGAGCAACAGCUAUUUGUUAACGUCCAACAAGCUGUGGAACUCCGUCAGCGCGGGUGGCGACCUAGAGGUUCUACUUGCGAAGCCUGUGGGAAGCGGGUUUGGGGCCCAGGUGUUGCUGGGAAUGUCUUCGAGGCCUGGGAGGAGAAACAAGCUAUCGAAAAUAAGAAACGGGAGGAAAAGAAGGCCAUAUCCUCUAAUUCGGCUAUUGCACGUGGAAAGGAAAAGGCUGAUUCACCGAUAGAAGAUAAUGAGACGUAUAAAGGAAAGGGAAAGGGAAAGAGUACCGAUAUCGGCAACGGGUCUAGCUCAUUAGGGGACCAUUUAGCAAACGGCAUACAGGACGUUCAGGGUCAGGCCGUCGAGACAAAUGGAGACAAUUACGGGAGGCGGAGAGACCAGCCCCUUGGUCCGCUCGUCGUUCUGGCUUGCAGACACAUAUACCACAAGGAUUGCUUAGACGCGAUACAGGCGAAGCAGGAGGCAAACGGCAUCCAUAGAGAAGUGGAUGAGUUCGGUCGCGAGGCGGAGUAUAGGUGUCCUAUCGACGGCUAGGUUAGGAAAAGGGGAAGUGGGCGGGCUGGAUAGCCGUUGUAUUUCUGUGUA